GAGCCAGCGGUGCUCGCGGCCCGAGGAAAGGAGUGGAGGACGACGCGGGUGAAAACCAGCGCCCCAAAACAAACAGUAAAUAUAUUACAACAGUGGAACCAAACGCUUUUUUUUUUUUUCUCCCCAGCGCAAGCCGCCUGUCAGGCUCUGGUGUGAAGUAAGGGCGUGGUCAUCGUUUAGUUUGAGGGAGUUUUCGCUCUGUUCCUUCAUAUUUUCCCCGUGUUUGUCGCGGGAGGGAGGAGACACAGUACACGGCCGCCAUCUUUGGAAUCUGCCCGUGGCUGGAGAGCGGGCUUCUGGGCCGCUGCCGGCCCUGUGAAGGCUACUGCACUACGGUCAGCGAGAACGGACCUUCGCUUCGGCUUGACAGCACACUGGAGCGUCGCCGCUCGAAUCGCUUUGUUAGAGGGGGAAUACAGACCCCUGCGGUGAGCGCGGAGCUGGUUGAAACCACCCCUGGAAUCGAUACGGCGCUCGUCCCCGUCCCUUAAAUCUGGCCUGUCGGACUGGUUCCUAUGUGUACAAGGCAGCCCUGCUGCAGAUGAGCCAGAGGCGGAGGCCUUUGCAGCAAAGUCGCAGGCCCAGAUAGUCCCCUGCGGCGGUAGUGGGCUCCCAGCAUGCCCUCCACCAGCAGGGCAGGGAGCCUGAAGGACCCCGAGAUCGCAGAGCUGUUCUUUAAGGAAGACCCUGAGAAGCUCUUCACUGACCUGCGUGAGAUUGGCCAUGGCAGUUUUGGCGCUGUCUACUUCGCACGGGAUGUGCGCAGUACAGAGGUUGUGGCUAUCAAGAAGAUGUCCUACAGUGGGAAACAGUCCAAUGAGAAAUGGCAAGACAUCAUCAAGGAGGUCAAGUUCCUACAAAGAAUACAGCACCCUAACAGCAUCCAGUACAAGGGCUGCUACCUGCGGGAGCACACAGCCUGGUUGGUUAUGGAGUACUGUCUAGGUUCUGCAUCUGACCUUCUGGAGGUGCAUAAAAAGCCUCUUCAGGAACUGGAGAUAGCAGCAAUUACCCAUGGUGCACUACAGGGCUUGGCCUACCUUCAUUCACACAAUAUGAUUCACAGGGACAUCAAGGCUGGCAAUAUCCUGCUGACAGAACCAGGACAGGUGAAGCUGGCAGACUUUGGCUCUGCCUCCAUAGCCUCUCCUGCCAACUCCUUUGUGGGCACACCAUAUUGGAUGGCCCCUGAAGUGAUUCUAGCUAUGGAUGAGGGCCAGUAUGAUGGAAAGGUGGACAUCUGGUCUCUGGGAAUCACUUGCAUUGAGUUAGCGGAGAGAAAGCCCCCUCUCUUCAACAUGAAUGCAAUGAGUGCCUUAUAUCACAUAGCGCAGAAUGAGAGCCCCACACUGCAGUCAACUGAAUGGUCAGAUUACUUUAGAAACUUUGUAGAUUCAUGUCUUCAGAAAAUCCCUCAAGACAGAUUGGACUCUGAGGAGCUCUUAAAGCAUGCCUUUGUCCUGCGGGCGCGGCCUGAAACAGUGUUGACAGACCUUAUCCAACGGACCAAAGAUGCAGUGCGUGAGUUGGACAACCUGCAGUAUCGCAAGAUGAAGAAGAUUCUCUUUCAAGAGGCCCACAAUGGACCUGUGGCAGAAGCCCCUGAUGGGGAGGAGGAGCCAGAGCAUGGGGCGGGCAGGACAGGCACAGUGAGCAGUGUGGGCAGCAAUCAGUCCAUCCCCAGCAUGUCCAUCAGUGCCAGUUCCCAAAGCAGCUCUGUCAACAGUUUGCCAGAUGCCGCAGCUGAUGACCACAGUGAGCUGGAGCUGAUGGAGGGUGACCACACAGUCAUGUCCAACAGUUCUGUCAUCCAUCUCAAGCCGGAAGAGGAGGAGGAAAGUUAUCAUGAUAACCCAGAUCCCCGAAGCAGACCCUCUGAGCCACAGCCACCACCGGCACAGACACCCCGGCAAAAGCCCUACCGAAACCGAGAGCACUUUGCAACCAUUCGGACUGCCUCCCUGGUAACACGGCAGAUGCAAGAGCAUGAGCAGGACUCAGAACUGCGGGAGCAGAUGUCCGGCUACAAGCGCAUGCGGCGACAAAACCAGAAGCAACUGAUGGCACUGGAGAAUAAGCUGAAGGCUGAAAUGGAUGAACACCGGCUACGGCUGGACAAGGAGCUGGAGACCCAGAGGAACAGUUUUGCUGCUGAGCUGGAGAAGCUGGUCAAAAAGCACCAGGCCACCAUGGAGAAAGAUGCCAAGACUUUUGCCAACGAUGAGAAGAAGUUCCAGCAGCACAUACAGGCUCAGCAGAAGAAGGAGCUUGCCAGCUUCUUGGAGUCACAAAAGCGAGAGUAUAAGUUACGUAAGGAGCAGCUCAAGGAGGAGCUGAAUGAGAACCAAUCCACACCCAAGAAAGAGAAGCAAGAAUGGCUGUCCAAACAGAAAGAGAAUUUCCAGCACUUCCAGGCUGAGGAGGAGGCAAACCUCCUGCGGCGGCAGCGCCAGUACCUGGAACUUGAGUGCCGGCGAUUCAAAAGACGCAUCCUCAUCGCCCGCCAUAAUGUGGAGCAAGACCUUGUGCGUGAGGAGCUAAACAAGCGCCAGACACAGAAAGACCUAGAGCAUGCCAUGUUACUUCGCCAUCACGAGUCAAUGCAAGAGCUGGAGUUUCGGCAGCUGAGUUCUGUACAACGCAUGCGGGCAGAGCUGAUCCGUGUGCAGCACCAGACAGAGCUCACAAACCAGAAUGAGUAUAACAAGCGCCGCGAGCGUGAGCUGCGCCGUAAGCAUGUUAUGGAGGUCCGGCAGCAGCCUAAGAGCCUCAAGUCCAAAGAGCUGCAGAUCAAGAAGCAGUUCCAGGACACAUGUAAGAUCCAGACUCGGCAGUACAAGGCAUUAAGGAACCACCUUCUAGAGAGCACCCCCAAAGCAGACCACAAAGCUGUGUUGAAGAGGCUGAAGGAGGAGCAGACACGGAAGCUGGCCAUCCUUGCUGAGCAAUAUGACCACUCCAUCAAUGAAAUGCUGUCCACACAGGCUCUCCGAUUGGACGAGGCACAGGAGGCAGAGUGCAAGGUGCUGCGGAUGCAGCUGCAACAGGAGCUGGAGCUGCUCAAUGCCUACCAGAGCAAGAUCAAGAUGCAGACAGAUGCACAGCAUGACCGUGAAAGAAAAGACUUGGAGCAGAGAGUGUCACUCCGCAGGGCCCUGCUCGAGCAGAAGAUAGAGGAGGAGAUGUUGGCUCUGCAGAAUGAACGCUCAGAGCGCAUCAGAACCCUACUGGAGCGCCAGGCCCGCGAGAUUGAAGCCUUUGACUCAGAAAGCAUGCGUCUCGGCUUCAGUAACAUGGUGCUGUCCAGCCUCUCCACUGAUGCCUUCAGCCACAGCUUCCCAGGUGCUGCCAGUGGUGGAGGAGGAGUAGGUCCAAGCCACCGCAGCAGUAGUCACCACCACCACCAUCACCACCACCACCACCACCACCACCACCACCAACACUCCUCCCAAAGCGGGACCCCUCCACAGCAGGCCUGGGGCCAAGGGGGUGGAGGGAGCAGUGGCGGUCUCGGUGGCACCCCACCCUGGGGGCACCCUUCAACGGGAGCCCUAGGGGCAGGGCCACGGUCUGUGCAGGGUGUACGGAACAGCCCCCAGGCUUUGAGGAGGACAUCCUCUGGGGGGCGCACUGAGCAGGGGAUGAGCAGGAGCACCAGCAUCACCUCACAAAUAUCCAACGGUUCACACCUGUCCUUCACAUAGGCCCGCUCUGCCUGCUGGGGCCCUCAUGCUCUUCUUCCAUACUUUCUGUCUCUCAUUAACCCAGUUUCCUAACCCUGCCCCUUUGUACCCUCCUCUCUUUUGUCCUUUGAUCUCAUACCCACUCAGGCACAGGCCCACAUCUUGUACAUAAUGUGGAGGUGAGAGACCUUUUAGGCUUUGGUGUGUUCCCACCGUGUACAGACAUACAUGCACACACCUGCCAUGGUAUUUGUGGAAUCCUAAAGACUGAGCAUCCUGACGAUACUGUGAGUAGCACAAAUGUUGCGGUGUCCACCCCCCAGAUUGAUAUGAACACCUUAUGUGCGUUGGCCUACAGUCGGAUUUAGUUAGCUUCUUUGUCUUUUGAGUAAAAUGUUUUACAUUUUCAAGGCAUCAAUUUUCCAGCAUGUAAGUUUUAAAGAUAAUAUGAAGGGUGAUCUAAAAUUGUCCCUUCCUCCCACAGUGAUUUUUCAUAGCUAUGAUGAGUGAGUACUAUAGCUGAACAAGAAACCCAUAAUGCACUGCAAUUCCUAUAACAGCAUAUGGCCUCCAGUACAUGUUAGAGAUGAUUUUUAUGCUACAUAAGACAGUCCUUAUGGUGGAAGCACUGAAUGCAAAGACUUUAUUUUUUUUACUUAGUUGCACGUAUAUAUAAAUGUCAAAUAAUCCAGAAAGUUACAUUAAUAUUUAGCAUCUAUUCAGAGAAUUGAAAUGAACAAGUAAAACCAGUCAUAUUUAUGAAGCCUGAUAUAUGCUAUGUUUACCUAAAAAUCAAACUUUUUUUUUUUUUUUGUAUCUUGGUGCCAAGUGUGAAGUUGAGUGCUAUUCUCUCUGGUCAUUUUAGCCAAACAGUGACCUAUGUGAUCACACUACAGAUGUUUGGUUGUAAAGACACUUUUAUAAAAAAAAAAAAAAAAAAACUUUUUAAACAUCUUUUAAAUGAUUUAUAAACACUUUUUAAAUGAUGUAACCAAUCUGGCGGGGGGAUAGAUGGCAGUUGAUGAUGUGAAGGCAGGUUCAUCAGGCUCUGUUUAUGUCCCAGAGCAGGAAGAUUCUAAGCUUAUUACAGCAGCAGCUACACAAGUAUUUCAGAUGGAGAAAGUGAAGUAACAGGUGACCUGGUAGGUAGCACAGAACCUUAGCGAUACAGCAAGCACAUGGACCACAGGUAGCGUGUGGGAGCAGGGGAAUAAGUGGUUGAACAGCGUUGGUCUUUGAUUCAGCCAGUAUCAGGGGGUGUAAGUGCCUGAGCAAGGGGUAUGCUUUGCACAGGGAACAGAUGAGCACUGAAGGUUUGGAGGGAAUACAGCAGGAAGUUCUCAGAAAGGUAGCACACAGACACAGGGUUGGAGUCCAGGAUGUCCAGUAUGGCUGCAAAGUCUCCUUAUGAUCAUUGAAAUGGAAACAGUGUAAUUUUAGGAAUUGAGAGAUCAGAUUUCCAUCUGAGCUGCCUCAAGUUGUAUCUUGUAAGUUUCUGCAUGGCCUCUGCAAAUAUAUUUACAAAUUCCC